CCUGUCAACAGUUCCAUCGAGAAAACCCGUUAAAGUGCGGCAAAAAUAAAUCGAAAAAUCGAUGAGAUGCCGACAAAAUUUUCGAUGAGGAUCGAUGAGUUGAUGGGAAGCCCUGAAAUAAAGAUUAAGAAGAAGAAGAAAUAAUACGGGCAGUGCAUGUUGGUGUUUAAACGAGAAAAGUCCUGAACAAUACACGUUAUUCUCAUCAAAUAGUGAAUAUUUACUAUUUUUGGGUUGUACUGAGUUGUUUUUUUAAGUACAAAAUGCCAAAAUUUACUGUGAAAGUUAAAUGGGGUAAGGAGUUGUAUCCAAAUAUAAUUGUGGACACCGACGAAGAACCUCUAGUUUUCAAAGCUCAACUCUUUGCACUCACUGGGGUGGCCCCAGAGCGACAAAAGGUGAUGUGCAAGGGUGUUACUUUGAAGGAUGUGUGGAAUGUGAAACUAUCAAAUGCAAUGACAAUUCUUAUGAUGGGCUCCAAAGAUGAGGUUCCAGCUGAACCAAUGGAAAAAACUAAGUUUAUUGAGGAUAUGAACGAAUCUGAAUUAGCUGUUGCUAUGAAACUUCCUGCUGGUUUAACGAAUUUGGGUAACACGUGCUAUGUCAAUGCUACUGUGCAAUGCCUCAAAUCAGUUCCCGAGCUUACACAAGCCCUGAAAGAGUUCAAAGAGGAAAUGCAUACGAAUCUAGACUCAGCCAAAUCUAUUACAUGUGCUAUGAGGAGUGUCUUCAAUCAGAUGGAUAUGAGCAAUACUGUAACUCCAAUUAUUCUCUUACAAUCCCUUCAUAUGGCAUUCCCCCAGUUUGCACAGACAGGAGAAAAUGGUGUAUAUAGACAACAAGAUGCCAAUGAAUGCUGGAUUGAACUCUUGAAGAUGCUACAGCAAAAUCUUCCUCCGAAGAAAGGAGAAAAUACGAAACGCAAUACUUUCCAAUCUCUUGUGGAACAAUAUAUGGGAGGAAGUUUUGAAAUUGAAAUGAAGUGUGUCGAAGCAUCAGAGGAGCCGUCAAACGUAUCUAAUGAGAAUUUUUUGCAACUUACUUGUUUUAUCUCUACAGAAGUAAAAUAUAUGCACAGUGGGCUUCGCUUGAGGAUGCAGGAACAAUUGACUAAAAAAUCAACAAGUUUAGGGCGUGAUGCAUUGUAUCAGAAGACAGCUCUUAUCAAUCGUCUACCAGCUUAUCUCACAGUAAACUUUAUGCGAUUCCAAUAUAAGGGCAACCAGGGAAUAAAUGCCAAAGUCCUUAAGGAUAUCAAAUUUCCCAUUGAUUUUGAUGCAUAUGAUCUAUGCUCCUUGGGACUAAAGGAGAAGUUAAAUCCUAUGAGAAAUCAAUUUAAAAAAAUUGAAGAUGCUACUCUUGAGCGUCAAAUGAAUGAAAAGGACAAACUAGAUGCGGAUAUUAAAAAAGAGAUUGGAGAAAAGGAUGCAAAUGUUAUAGAACUACCAUUCAGUUUUGAUGAUGAUAUUGGUAGCAAUAAUAGUGGCUACUACACACUCAAGGCCGUUUUAACGCAUCAAGGCAGAUCUAGCUCUUCAGGACAUUAUGUUGCUUGGGUAAGACAGGAUAGAGAUACUUGGAUGAAGUUUGAUGACGAUGUUGUGACACCAAUUACCACGGAAGAUAUUUUGCGUCUUUCUGGAGGGGGGGACUGGCACUGUGCGUAUGUUCUUAUCUAUGGGCCACGUAUUCUUAGAAUUCCAAAGGACUCUCAAGCGAUGGACCGUAAGUCGGCGGACAUUAACGAACCAAUGGUUACAGACUAAGCAUGAACGUCAUCGUUUCCUUGCAAAUAUAUUUUUUUCUAUUAAUAAAUAGUGUAAAGGCGAAACUCCCUAUGCAAA